UUGUAAUGGAAGAAACCAACGGGAACAGUGCACUCGAUUGGGAGAUUUUUGAUGUUUUAUGUAGAGGCGAGCUUGGUUUAGACCAGACUGAAGUGCCUUGUGUUGAUCAUCAUCAUGUAACGCAUACAAUUGACUUAACGGCAACGUUGAAAAGUGAAUUGGCGGCAGCAAAUUACAAACGAGAUCGUCUUUUAAAUGAAUUGGCUGAUUUAAAAGGAAAUCUCAACGCGCGCGAUGCUGAAUGUGAAACAUUGCGAACCCAAACAGCGAGACAAUCGGCUUUAAUAAGUUCAUUGCAGACGAAAAUCCAAGCAAUUGAAAACCGAGAACGAACUGCUCAAAGUCGUAGUGAAAAUGUGAUCCAAACGUUGCAUCGUGAAAAGAAGGUGAUGGACGAUCGAAUUAAAGAUUUGGUGGCACGAGUACGACGUCUUGAAGGCGAUCUAUCGAAUGAAGAAAGUCAACGCGAGCAAAUUAGGGCACAACUGCAAGAUUUGAUGCGACGCCUUUGUGUUUGUUUGGCCAUUGAUGUGUCCGAUGCAGCGAAUUUAAGUACCGAACUGGUCGUAGCUAAAACUGGUGAAAUGGUGGCCGAUUUACAGCGCAUACGUAGUAAAUUGUCUUCGACAUGCGAAUCGCUACACAGUUGUGAAGCGGAAUUGUUACAGACCCGUACGGCCGCCUGCAAUGAUAAACAACGUCAAGAUUUGCAUUUACAAGAGUUAGAGACGCGAUGUCGUCAAACUGAAAGGGAUCUGCAAACUGUUCGCGAUCGAUUGGUUGAAAGCGAAAGUGCUGGCGAUAAAUUACGCGAAGAAUUACGUGGAUUUGAAUCACGAUGUUCCCGCUUACAGAAUUCCAUCGAUCGAAUGCAAAACGAUCGUUUGCAAUAUUUACGAAAUCUUUCAUCGAUUGUUUCAUUGCCCGAUCCAUGCGAAACUGUGAUCAAGGACAAAGUUCGCGAUGUUGUCAAUGAAAAUCAAGCACUUCAAUCGCAAUUACACAAUUUACGCGAUCAAAUGAAUCUUGAAACGAAUAAAUUACGAAAUGAAGAAAUGCAAAAGUCGACGAUCGAAGAACGAUUGGAAAAAGCAUUGCAUGAUUUACAUCAAAUGAAGAAUGAACACAUGACGUUAUCUGAAUAUUUAGUUCGAAUGUCACGUGCAUUGGCAUGGAGUGAGUGUACAGCACCACCAGCACCUGGUGCAGACACAACAUUACUGGCGGAAACGCUAUUGGAGCGCGCUGAAAGAUUGACAACCCAUCAUGACCAUCAUUCGCAUACACUUCCAUUGGAUCAUCAUAAGCAUUGGGAUAGUUGCCAUACACUUCAUCCUCAUCCACAUCCGCAUUCACACGUUCACAUGAAAGCAUUGAAAUUGAGACGUGAACGAUCUUGUCAUGAUCUUCCCGUAAAAGAAUCAACAGCAAUGUACAAUUUACAGCGAAAAGUUCAUUCAUUAAAGGAUCAAAUCCAGAAAAAAGAAUUACAAAUCGAAUUACUAAGAAGAAAAUUGGCAUUAACAGAAGAAGGUGUGCGUGGAAAGUGCAUAAUUCAGAGUGAACGUGAUGAAGCUCUCUGUAGAGCAAAACGAACGUCAAAACAAGUGGAAAAAGCAUGCCACGAUUUAAUCCAAGCAAAGGCUCAAAUAGCCGAACUCAAAGCUCAAUUGGUGGACGCUGCCGAAAACAAAAUCUGUGCCCUCGAAAGAGCUCGCAAAAUUGAAGAGUUGCAAACGCGUCACACUGAAGUUGAAAAUGAAAAGUGUCGAUUAAUCGCACAAUUGCAAAACUAUAAGGCACGUUGUCGAUCGGCCGUUGACAGUUCGAUAGACAAAAAUAGACGUGAUGAAACUGUUAUAAGCAAUUUAAAGGAUGAGAUUGCACGUUUGCGAGUUCAAUUAUCAGAAUCAAACCAUAAACUUUGUCAACUUCAAACAUUCCGCACAUCAGUCGCUCGCCUACUUCAUUUGCGUGACAUUCCACAUUCAAGUCUAUUACAACGACUCCAAACACUGUGCCAAGCACAUCAGGAAUUCACAAUGUUGUCUCGUCGAUAUGAAGCUGUAUCUCCAGUCGCCGAUCACCCUUGUCCUCGAUAUGAAACGGAUUUAAGACCACCGUCAACACAUUGUCGACCAUUGAGCUCGUCUCCAGGAAAUCCACGUCGUUUUGAUGAUUCGGGUUUGGACGAGCAUUUCGACGACGACUUCGAUAUUUUGAAGAAAAAAUCACAUUUUUAAAGCAUUCUCACAUUUAAGAUAUUAUACGCGUCCACCGAUUAACAACCACAAAACAUUCAAAUAAAUUCACAAUUUAAACAA